AUGUUCGAUAAAGAAAUUCUAAAAAGUUUGAUCCUACGACAUCGGGAUAUGGUAAAGGAUAUUGAGAAACAUGGAGGUUCUUGUGAAGCUUUGAAAAGAGAAGUAAAAAGUUUGGAAGAUACUUAUCGCUAUCAUUAUGAAGGUGGAAAUAGACCAUCCCAUCUACCAUCCUCUUCGAAUAAUAAAAAAGAAGGAGCAGUAAUUCUUGAUUCUAGUGGUGAUUUUGUUGAUUGUUGUGGGAAUACUUGUUUAUUUCUUGUUGAGGAAAAAGUCAAAGAGAAACCAUUAGUUAUUAUGAAAGACGAAAAAAUAAAAACUUGCAACUAUUGUCAAAAAGGGAUUAUUGAAGGUAUUUCUGAUACAAAUCUCUGUAUAGUAGAAAGACAACGACCUAGCACGGCAGAUUACCCCGAGAACCUAAACCGAGAGACCAAGGAUAUUUUUUAUCAUUGUGAAUGUUAUAGGAAAAAGUUCGAUACUACUGAAACUAAAAAAUUAAGAGAAAAAAUUAGAGAAACUAUGACAAUACAUCAUUAUGCACCAAAGGGAAUUUUCAAGAACAAGAAUGAAAAAUAA